AUGAAUAAAACAAAUUCGGCAGGAAAACAAAUGUUUCUUCAUUUACCACCAGAAAUACUGGGGAAAAUAUUAUUAUUAACAUCCUUACAAACACGUACGAUGAUAUUAUCAAGUGUUUGUAAGAGUUUAAAACAUUUUAUAUUUAAUCAUGAUAUUUUAUGGUCAAAACUAAAUUUAAAUCCAUUAAAAAAUAUUUCAAACUCUACUAUAUCAAAUAUAUUCUAUUGUAAUAUACCAAAUGAUACAAAAAAUUUUAUAAGGGAAUUAUUAGUUAAUGAUAUUAACAUCAAUAAACAUGGUCUAAAGAUUAUAUUGAAAACUUGUGUAAAUCUCAGAAGUUUGCAUUUAAGAACUUAUAAAGAUAAUAUGAAUAUGAAAAUUUUUAAAGAGCUUCUUGAAGAGUUAUAUAGCGAUAAAGAACAACAAGAAGAUGUUCAAGAAAAGGAAGAAAAUGAGAAAAAUCAACAAACCGUCGGGAAACCUAUUUGUAAUCUUACGACAAUAUAUUGGCACGUUGGUCAUAAUUUUGAGGAUUGGUGGGCUCCUAGUAUGAAAGAUUCAUUAGAAUUUUUGUUGAAAAAAUUAUCAAAUAAUUCAAAAGCUGCAAUUAAAGUACCUUGGUGUGACGUUUGUAAUCAGCAAAAAGCAAGCAUGAAGCUGAUGUGUUAUGGAGAUUUACAUGAAAAAAAUUGGAGUAUUUAUGGUUGCUUUGAAUGUGCUGAUUAUGGUAAUACGCAAGCUGAUUUUAAAUGUGAUGAAUGUUUGAAAACUGAAAAAUUGAAAGAUGAAUUGGCUAUAUCCGCUUUAGAGAGCUUAACUCAAACUGAUGAUAAUCCUGGUAGUUCAUCUAAUAUAGUUGAGGAAAUUAUUAGAUUAAUGGAUGAGAGUGAUGACGAGGCUGAAAACGCGGUGGUUUCCGAAGAAUAA